AUGAACGACGAAUACCUUGUCCGCGUCAUGACGCGAGUCAAACUGCCGGGCUUCCAAUCCAGACACGUAAACGGGACGUCCGUGAAAGUGCGAACCACGGACACAUUCGGGGCUGUUAUACAUAAAGUCUGCAAUUCGUUCGUCUUCUAUGAAAUCAAAAAAGUCUCUGUGAGGAUAGGGGGAAUCCCGUAUACCGUCAGCCCGGACAGAAAUAAAACAGUUCUAGGCAGUUGUGUGGGCAGGCAUUUGUCAACAAAAGAAGUGCCGGAGCUAAUAUAUCUCCUUAAUUUCUUCAUACCAGAAGCAUGCUUUUCCCCAACCCCGCCGCCGUCUCCGACACAUCACACGUCAUCAGCAGUCGUCGCAGUCGCCGG